ACCACCACAUCUACAACCACUUUGGAGACCACUACUGAUCCCCCAGUCACCACCACACCUACAACCACUUCGGACAACCUACCAGCAGGUGUUGGCCACUACCAAAUGAGCAUGAUUCCUUAUCUUGACGCAGAGUUCCAACAGCCCUUCACAGGUUCUGGGAUGGAGAUGGCUCUGAACCGGUCGGUGUACGUGGCUGUACAGGUGGAAGGAGUGGACAGCAGGCAGAUCUCGACAGUGAUUGACUCCUGUUGGGCCACCCCCAUUAAUGACCCUCUAAGCAGUGUGCGUUGGGACCUUAUUGUGCAGGAGUGCCCCAAUCCUGCUGACGGGACUGUGGAGAUUCUGCAGAAUGGUGUGUCCACCAGUAGCCAUUUCUCGUUCAAGAUGUUCACAUUCACUUCAAACUCCACCACCAUUUUCUUGCAUUGCCAGAUUCACUUGUGUGUGCUCAGCGGGAACAACUGCUCCACGUCCUGCUAUCCUGGGAAUCAAAGAGUUCAGAGGUCCGUUAAAUUCCAGGACACUUCUUCCAUGUAAAUUGGCUCUUUUGUCUUACAACAGACACAGACAGACAUGGGAGUCCUGGAGCGGAUCUCUGUGGCCGGUGCUCCAGCUUCUGUCGGUUCUCUGCUGCCCCUGAUACUUUCAGUCGUGGCUGCAGUUCUACUGUAUUAGGGCAUCUUAGGAGCAACCAUUCCAUCUCACACUCCUUACGUUGAAGGAAAACCUCCAUAGAUCCUUAUGUGACUUCCUUUCAGAUAGUUUUUUUUUUUCCACUCAGGGAUUGUUAACAUACAGAUUUUUGUUGUUCUGCUUUAAUUUUACGGGGAAAUUCCUAAAUGACUUGUAUUUUGGUAGCUGCGAUAUGUGAUAUUCUUUA